CUCUAUAAGAAGUGGCGGCCGCAGUCCGGCCUCAGCGCUGUCUGCUAAAUUUACGGUGGUGUUACUGUAUAAGGAGAGGCCGCGAGCCGCCGCCGUUGCUGCCUCACGAUGCCAUCAAUUAAACUGCAGAGUUCUGAUGGAGAAAUAUUUGAGGUUGAUGUGGAAAUUGCAAAGCAGUCUGUAACAAUCAAGACAAUGUUGGAAGAUUUGGGGAUGGAUGAUGAAGGGGACGAUGAUCCUGUUCCUCUUCCAAACGUUAAUGCAGCUAUAUUAAAAAAGGUAAUUCAAUGGUGCACCCACCAUAAAGAUGAUCCACCUCCCCCUGAAGAUGAUGAGAACAAAGAGAAACGAACAGAUGACAUACCUGUGUGGGACCAGGAAUUCCUUAAAGUAGAUCAAGGAACUCUCUUUGAACUUAUCCUGGCUGCAAACUACUUAGACAUCAAAGGCUUACUUGAUGUGACAUGCAAGACUGUUGCAAACAUGAUCAAGGGAAAAACACCAGAAGAAAUUCGCAAGACUUUUAAUAUCAAGAAUGACUUCACUGAAGAAGAAGAGGCCCAGGUACGCAAAGAAAACCAGUGGUGUGAAGAGAAGUGAAGUCUUGUUCCUGACACAUAACAACACUACUAAUGGCUUCUUAGAACUACAGGAUGUCUUGGAAAGCCAGUAGGAAGAGUUGCUUGGGAUUUCUUCCAUUCCAUAUCUUUUGUGUUGGUGACAACUGCCAAGAAGCCCUGUUAGCUUUGCUUGUUAAUAGUCAAUUCUGGUGGCAUAAUGUAGGCUUUACAAAGGCAGUGAGAGCCGGGCAGCUGAACCCCUUUUACAGCCAGAUAACAAAGGUUAUGCUCCUUGAUGGAAAUUGCAGUUAUGUGCUUAUUCCCCAAAGCCGACAGAUUAAACCCUGCUAUGUGAUCAAAAACAGAGAACCAAAGUUAACAUUUGUUAGACGGUGAAUGUUGGUGCCUGCCAAUAGGCAAGCUACAGUAUUUUCCUAUAGCCUUUUGAUAUCUUUUAUAGUUUUGUGAAAGUCUUAGUCUGCAAUGCUGAACAUGAAGUUGGGUGGCAGUGACUUGUCACUGUGCAAACAAUGCGAUACUGAUGUGUCAUUUGAUGGUUGUUUAGGAAAAAAACCACUUGCAAGUAGCUGAGGAACUUUUUUCAGUUUUUACAAUUCCCUUGUAGGGAUUAGGGGGAUGAUAUGCAGUAAGCAGUGAAGUGUUCCUUUAGCUUGUAUUGCAUUCCAUUUUCUGUAUGCACAAUAGAAUAAAACCUUAAUAAAUAUUCUUCACUUCAAAGAUCA